UGUCAGUUUAAUUCCGUAAUCCAAGAAACGGUAACACUUCACACUUGGUGAUUCAGAAUUAGUAGAUAUUUCUUGUCUGUUUAUGGCCCCUGUGAAGACAGGACUCGAAUUAGCGUAAAGGAACGACCAGGAGAGCACCAAGAUGACCUCGUACGUGCGUGCCAUGUACGACUUUACCGGGGAGCCGGGCUCCUCGGAGCUCUCCAUCGCGACUGGCGACGUGCUCUCGGUGACCCGGAGCGAUGUGGGUGAAGGCUGGUGGGAGGGCAAGAAUGCCCGUGGCCAGAUUGGCCUCUUCCCGGCUGCGUACGUGGAGGUGAUGUCGGCGGCCGAAGCCCAGAAGCUGAGCGCCAGUGGAGCGACGUCGGUGCCACAGGUUCCGGAUCCCUUCGCCUCGCCCCCUUUGCCGCGUUACGAUCAGACGGCGGAUGAUGAUGGCAGCAACUGGGAUGAUGAGGACGAUUGGAGCGACGACAAUGACACGUACUCGGAAAUUGGUCCAGGUGGCCAGAAGUCUGCGGGACAGUCGGCUCGCGCUGGCGGAUUGUCGCAUUCCACCAGUGACUACGAUAACAAACACCUGCCCAUCGCGCCCAACGAUGAUACCCAAUCACUGGCCUCCGUGGCUGGUGGGACUGGUGCUGCUGGCACCGUCAAAAAGGGCAUGUUCGCCAAAAGUUCCGAUUCAUAUAUACUCGGCUUGUCCAGCACCAAGGAGAAGAUACCCGAAUGCGAGAUGGCCUACAUUACACAGGUGGAGGACUCGAUCUACCAGUGGACGCAGAACCAUUCGCCCUACUCCGUUGUGGUGGCCAGUCCCAAAAAGGAGUCCAAAUUCAAGGGGAUGAAGACGUUCAUUGCCUACCAACUGACGCCUAGCUUCAACAACAUAUCCGUGUCACGUCGCUACAAGCACUUCGACUGGCUGCACGAACGUUUGGUGGACAAGUUUUGCCUGAUUCCGGUGCCACCGCUGCCGGACAAGCAGAUCUCCGGCCGCUAUGAGGAGCAAUUCGUGGAGCAUCGACGUGUGCAGCUGCAGGAGUUCGUCGACUGGGUGUGCCGCCAUCCGGUGAUCUCCAAAUGCGAGGUCUGGUACCAUUUCCUCACUUGCCGCGACGAGAAGAUCUGGAAGUCGGGCAAACGCAAGGCGGAACGGGAUCCCUACAUGGGCGUCAACUACUGCCUGGCCAUCUCGCCGCCGGACAAGAACCUGCUGCACUCUAAGGUGGACGCACAGGUGGAGCUGGGCACCCAGUUCAUACACAGCAUGGACGUGGCAGUACGCAACCUGAACAAUAUAUCCAACGACAUGGCCAAGCGCUCCAUGUCGCAGAGUAAAAAGGAGUUCCAGCGCAUUGGCGACGGACUCUCCGACCUGGCCAAGGCAUUGGCCAUCGAUGAGCGGCGUGCGCCCACCCGAAACGCGGUUCCGCUCUCCGAGAGCGUCGGCCGCAUCGGUGGCAUCUUUAUCGGUAUUGGACAGGCCUUUGGCGACCAGCCAAAGCAUGAUUGGAUUCCCCUCUCGGAUCGACUUCACAUCUACAGGGGCGUUCUCAACUGCUUUCCGGACAUCUUCUCCACGCACAAGGGUGCCAUACAGAAGCGAAAGGACUGCGAGAAAUUGGCCGGCGAGGGCAGGAUGAAUAAUCCCCAGUUGCACGACGUUAACCGGCGCACAGAUGUCGUCUCCUACACGGUGCUGGCCGAGCUGACCCACUUCAAGAGCGAGCGGGAUACGCAUUUGAAGCAUACGCUUAAGAAUUUCAUUGCCGAACAGAUUAAGUUUUACCAGGGCGUGGUGGCGCGCCUGCAGGAGGCCAGCCGUCAGAUUGAGUAGAUUGGCCCUUGGCCCAUGGCGACGACGACUCAUCGCUGAAGAGAUCGACGGCUGGGAGCACAAAGAAACCGCACCGGGCACACACUUCCACACAGAGAUACAUAGCUGAAAACAUUCGCACGCGCGCAUUUCAAAUGCCUUCGAAAGGAACUCUUACUUUAAGCGUGGUUCUAACUAAAUGUUAAACAGAAAAAAUAUUACAUAAUGUUGUUUGUAAGUGAAAAGUUGCGUAUUUAUACAGAAAUUAACUUUUAUAUGCCUAUUAUACACUGAACUUGAGAUGCAAAUAUAACUAUAUUUAUACAG